GUUGAAGUUGUUGACAUGUUGUCAACUGUUCUUUUCUUUGCUAUCCUUUACGCGAAAGGAUAAUGAAACAAAUUGUGACGAACCAAACGGUGAAAAUCCCGGAAGGGAUCACUGUUAGCACUAAAAGCCGACUCAUAACAGUGAAAGGCCCCAGGGGUACUCUCAAGAGGUCUUUCAAGCAUUUGGCAUUGGAUAUCCGUAUGAUCAACCCUCGUUUACUGAAGGUAGAAAAAUGGUUCGGCACUAAAAAAGAAUUGGCUGCCGUUAGGACUGUAUGCUCCCAUGUAGAAAAUAUGCUGAAAGGAGUUACAAAGGGUUACCAGUACAAAAUGAGGGCAGUAUAUGCUCACUUUCCCAUCAACUGUGUUACUACAGAAAAUAACUCUGUAAUUGAAAUCAGGAAUUUCUUGGGUGAAAAAUACAUCAGAAGAGUAAAGAUGGCUCCAGGUGUGACCGUGAAGAAUUCCACAGCUCAAAAAGAUGAGCUUAUAAUUGAAGGAAACUCUCUGGAAGAUGUUUCCAGGUCAGCCGCGCUUAUCCAACAAUCCACCACCGUCAAAGACAAGGACAUCCGUAAAUUCUUGGAUGGUUUAUAUGUGUCAGAGAAAACAACGGUUAUACAAGACGAAGUUUAAUGUAUUAAUAAAUUUUUUUAAGUUCUA